AUGACUUAUUGGAGUGUGGUCCCUGACAAAUGGAGUUAUUUCGAAGUGGUAGAUGCCAUUAAGGACUUGGGGUAUAUUAAAGUGAUUGAAAUAUUUUAUUGCGUUGAAAAUAUUUUGCAUAAGUUGGUUGAUGACAGAGAUGCAAUGAACAUGGUAAACGUUGCCAAGUAUUUUGGGGAAGUUCACUUGUUUAUGGUUCACGGUGUGGAUGAUGAGCCAGAGGUUGUUGAAAAUGAAGUAACUGAACAAGUUCUUUUGCUCUGUCAUGAAAGUUUAGACAGUGGAGAAGAUAGCCACGUAGGUGGGGGUGAGGAUGAAGUGGAGUUGCGGGGUUUGGAUGAAGUGGAGGUGCAGGGUUUGGAUAAUGAAGUGGAGGUGCAGGGGGAGGAGGAGGAGGAAGUAAAGGUGGAGGAUGAACAACAGGUGCAGGGAGAGGGGGAGGAAGAAGUAGAGGUUAAGGAUGAACAACAUGUGUAG